ACAGUUUCUCUUGUUCUAAAAAUCUCUCCAAAACCCUAAAUCAUCUGCGUCACUAUAAAAGCCCAUCCGCCACAUCUCCUCCCUCUCUUCCGUUGCAUUCCUUCUUUCCAAUCUCUCCAGGGAGAACUCGGCAAAAAGGCUAAAAUGGGGAUAGAUCUUGUGGCCGGAGGCAGGAGCAAGAAGACGAAGCGAACAGCUCCCAGAUCAGGCGAUAUCUACCUCAAGCUUCUCGUCAAGCUAUAUAGGUUCCUGGUUAGGAGGACUGGCAGUAAAUUCAAUGCAGUUAUAUUGAAAAGAUUAUUCAUGAGCAAGGUCAACAAACCACCGGUGUCACUAUCUAAGUUGAUCAAGUUCAUGAAAGGAAAGGAAGAUAAGACUGCAGUGGUGGUUGGUUGCAUCACCGACGAUACCCGAGUUUAUGAAGUGCCUGCAUUGAAGGUGACUGCUCUGAGGUUUACGGAGACAGCUAGAGCUCGGAUUGUGAAAGCUGGGGGUGAAUGCUUAACCUUCGAUCAGCUUGCUCUUAGGGCACCUCUGGGACAAAACACGGUUCUUCUGAGGGGCUCCAAGAAAAGAGAGGCAGUCAAGCAUUUCGGCAAGGCUCCAGGUGUGCCCGGCAGCCACACCAAACCCUACAUUCGUUCCAAGGGCAGGAAGUUUGAAAAAGCAAGGGGCAGGAGAAACAGCCGUGGCUUUAGGGUCUAAUACUGCUGUUGCCUGCUCCCUAGCCAUCUUUGUUUCCAUCAUCAGUGCAGUAGGUGCUAGCUUCUUCACUCUUUUUUCAUUUUUGAGGUCUGACAUUCUAUCGAAUCUGUUUUUGCUCCUUCGUUAGGGAUAUUAUCUCUCGAGGGCCGGUGAGUUUUGAUUACUGAACUUUGUAUCCACAUUUUGAAGUGUGAUAAGCUGAUAAUCUGAACAUCAA